GAGAGAGAUGUCAUCGUAGAAAUAAAUCCAGUGUGGACAUCAUCGUCGAGGCGUAAACACAAGUUGCAGACUUUAUCCAAAUUUAGAGUUUUCUUUUUUUCUUCUUCUUCUUCGUCUUCAAAACUCAGAUCAUCAUCAGAUCAUCGAAACCCCAAUUUCACAAAUCAGUCUCUUUCCUAUGGAAGAAGCUCAUUCAGUGAAUAGUCCGAGACGAGUUUUAAGCUUCUCGAAGAGAAAGAAGCAAAAUCCCGGUUUCCGGGAUUCAGACAGCAGAAGGUCAUCUCCGUUCAAAGCAUCACAAGUUCAUCAUGGACCUAAACCCUCAGAGGUGUAUGGUUUUGUGGGUUCCAUUUCGACUGUUGUUGCCACUGUCAUCUUCUUGAUAUGGGCUUACGUACCAGAUAAACUCUUGGAGUCUUUAGGUAUCCAUUACUACCCAAGCAGGUACUGGGUACUGGCUAUGCCAACCUACUUGAUGGUGACUUUGAUGCUUACUUUGGCUUUUUACAUUGGUCUCAACUUCAUCGCUACUCCACCUCCAACCUCUCUCAAUACCUUGUUUGAUGAGUACAGUAGAGAACCCGGGGAACUCGAUCCUGUGAUGGAAGAAGGUGAAGACAGGCCUAUAGAUCCAAUUUCUGACAUUGAUAUUACAAGAAUCAAUCAUCUUAUGUUCAAUUCAAAUGAUGUCAAGUGAUGCUAUUUACGUUUUGUUCAAUUCUGCAUUCUUUAGCUUUUUAAGCAAACUAUAAGCUCCGUGUGAUGUUUUGGUACAAACCACUUAGUUAGUGUAGCAAUGUCACUAAAAAAAUCAAUUCUGUAUUCAGUUUUAUACUUGCAAUUUCUCAUUUUCGCUAUUUAAAAAAAAAACAAAAAUUAAAUGAAAAAAAUAGCAGUGAGUUGGCAUCAUAUGAUUGGUACAAAUGAAUCUGACGUGGACAUCAUCGGUUAUUAAAUAUAAUAUCUCUUGUCUCCUUUUUUUAUCACCACCGUCGAGGCGUAAACACAAAAGUUGCAGACUUUAUCCAAAUUUAGGGUUUUCUUUUUUUUCUUCUUCUUCAAAACUCAGAUCAUCAUCAGAUCUUCGAAACCCCAAUUUCACAAAUCA